GACAAAGCGAGCGUGGGCCAACCUUCCGUCAGCAUCACGCUUCGGGUCUGUACCAGAGACACGGGCGCUGAAUGAAUGGACAGCGCGCCGACGCGCCAUUGGGUUCUUUCGCGCUUCCAGCGUUUUCACAGCCUGCUGCGCUGCUGUGACGAAGUUUGUCACUCCUGAUCCUGCCUCGCUGUCUGGAGUAUUCAGGACCACACACCGGCUGGACAGAGCUGCGAGUCGGUGUUGGAUCAGUGGAUGUGAUCUCUAGCCAAAGGAAGGAUGACUUUACGCACAAGGUCUUCCUCCUCCACAGCCGGUGAUCGGUAUAAUCUGUGCAGCGGGAUGCCGGAGGAUGUCUUCGGCGAUUUCUGCCCAGAUUUAAUUGAGCUGGAAAAUAAGAUCGGCAGAAAAACGCCUGAAAGCCUCCUGGUAUGGAUGAAGGACGGAGCGGACGGCACGGGCGGAUGGGAUUCUGAUGCGCUGGACAGACAGGAGCGCGGCUCGGAUGGUUUAUCUGAUAAAAUCAACAACUUAAAACAAGAGAUGAGGCGUCUCCGUUGUGCCGAUGUGAGGAUCCUGCGGCAGCUGGUGGCCGUGCACGAAGGCAUCGAGACCAUGCGCUGGCUGAUCGAUGACAGGGGCAUCCUGACCAGCAGGUCCAGCAGCUUAACAGACAGCCUGAGCAGCCUGCCGCCCGUGGAGGAGCAUGUUCCCUCAGCGUCUCCCUGCAGAGCGGACCAAAGUCCUGCCUUCCCUGAGGAUAUAAGGAUAACUGCCGAUGAAAAAGCAGCAGAUCAACAACCGCCGUACGCUGAAGCGUCUGAAUCGAGGCCUGUCUGUCCCUCUGAAGUUGAAGAUUACAGCCAGGCCCCCCUUUCAGCUGCCACCAGCUUGGUUAGUGCUGAUGUAGCCAAGUCCCAAACACCGGAGCCGAAUUCAGCGCGGCUGCACAUCAGAAACGGCGCGGAGACCAUCAGGAGAGCUCUGCUCAGGUCCUGCAAACGCAAACAGACCAAAGCCAACUCUGGUCCCGCUGCCGCCCGUCUGGGUGCAGGGGAGAAAAACUCUGUGCACCUCACUCAGGGGAAUUCAGCGCUGAUCACGAGCGACGACACCAAGAGGGAAGAAGAAGAAGAGAGCUCUGCUGGUGGCGAGAAAGAACUACUGGGUUAUGAUUUGCAGUGGUCCUGGGUGGACUCCAAGGAUGAUGUCACCUUUUUAUGACCUCCCAUGCAGAAACUUUACAUCAGUAGUUUGCCUUUAAACUGUAAGCUUCUCCAGAGAACAUUGGAGUUCACCAUGAACAUUGACGCCCAGCGUUUCUUCGUGGAAUGCAAUGGAUGUUCACCCUGCUGAUUGAUAUGAUAUGGGCUGUUUCUGCAUAAAACAGUUUAUCUUUUUUAAAUUGAGGGAUUAAUAAUCAGACAUUAAACAUGAAAUUGGUAAAUCAGACAAGUGAGAAGGUAAAUAAAUCCAGCGCUAAUGAAAUUUCAUUGAGUAGCAGCCGAAUGUGGGCUUUCUAUGUGUUUGUGUUGUCUCUCUCUGCCUCCUUGCAGUGAUUUGAUUGGCAAAAGUGAUCACAUCCCUUCAGUUUUCCACAUUUUGUCACAUAAUAAUGUUGGUGCACUUAAUGGGGAUUUAAGGGAUAGACCAACACUUAGUAGUGCAUCUUUGGAAAGUUUGCCACAAGCCAUGUAGAAGACACAGUAGACGUGUGGAAGGACGGAUUUUUAUCAGAUGUGACAAAAAUUAACUUUUUGACCCCCAUGCGAAACAAUACGUGGGUUUGAAAAAUAACAAAACCCUGGGCACACCAUCUGAGUGGGGGAACAUGGCAGUGGCAGUUUCCAGGUCACUGCUUUUUUUUAAAGCAGUGACCUGGAAGCUGCCGGUACCUGAAAAUGUGAUGUUCAAAGAAAGAAGCAAAAGGCUUGCAGCUGUAAUGCUGAUUAAAGUUGCUUAUACAAGGAAUCGACUUUGCACUUCACAAAUGCACCUGACACUCUCCGUUUCUCAUCUGUGGGGUACUCCCUGAACGGGUCAUUCAUCAGGUCCCUCCGUGUAGUUCUGGCAUUACUGCUCACCGUUCUCAUGAUCAUUUUAACCCCACAGGAUGAAAUCCUGCGUGGGGCCCCAGAUCAAGGGAGAUUAUCAAUGGUCUUGUAUGUCUUUUGCUCCCACAGCUGAUUUAUUCACACCAACCUGCUGGUCUAACAUAGAUUCAGUCUUCCCAGCCUGGUACUGCGGUACAAGUUUCUUCCUAGCAUCCUUUGACAGCUCUUUGAUCCUGACCAUGGUUGGGAGUGGAGUCUGACUGUUUGAGGCUGUGGACAGGUGUUUUUUAUACAGAUAACGAGUUCAAACAG